UUUGUAGGUAACAAAAAUGGGCUUCUUUUGCCUCAUACUACUACUGAUCAAGAGCUUCAACACUUGAGGAACAGUCUGCCUGAUGCAGUUGUCGUUCAGCGCAUUGAUGAGAGAUUAUCUGCCCUUGGAAAUUGCAUAGCAUGCAAUGACCAUGUUGCCCUUACCCAUACUGAUCUUGAUAGGGAAACUGAGGAAAUGAUAGCCGAUGUCCUUGGUGUUGAAGUUUUCAGGCAGACAAUUGCUGGUAAUAUUCUCGUGGGCAGCUACUGUGCGUUUUCAAAUAGAGGUGGUCUGGUUCACCCUCAUACCUCUAUUGAAGACUUGGAU